CCGGUCUUUUCCGGUAGUUUGUCUGUUUUUCUGCCUCCCGCAGCCGCGAGACACAGAGAGCUGCGGACCUGAGAGAGAACAGGCCGAUGCUGAUGAUGUCAGAGAACACGGAGCAGGGCGACGAUGUUAGCUUGCUGCCGCCCCACGAGGUGGACCCCCCCCGAGAGGAGGACACACACUGCCCCAUGCCCUUCAGACUGCAGCUGAUCGACGACCUGACCUACGAAGACGUGAAGAAAUGUUACAGAGGCUCAACUGUCAGCAAGUACAACUCUCAGUACCACAAACUGUUCCAGACCGUCCCCAAAGAGGAGAUCCUCAUGAAGGUGUAUUCGUGUGCGUUGUUGCGGGACAUCCUACUGCAGGGUCGUCUCUACAUCUCCAGAAACUGGCUGUGUUUCUACGCUAACCUGUUCGGGAAAGACAUCAAGGUGUGUAUCCCCGUGGUGUCGGUGCGUCUGGUGAAGAAACACAAGACAGCCGGCCUGGUGCCCAACGGCCUGGCUAUCACCAUGGAUACGGCUCAGAAGUACGUGUUUGUGUCGCUGCUGUCCAGAGACAGCGUGUACGACGUCCUGCGGAGGAUCUGCACUCACCUGCAGGUGAACGGGAAGAUUCUGAGUCUGAAGCAAUACCUGGAGGAGCCCAGCUCUCUGUCCAUGUCUGUCUCCUGUCUUCAGGACGAGUUUCCCGAGGUGUUGAAGUGGAGGAGGAAGCCUUCUCUUCCCGCCGUCUCCUCCUCGCUGCCCGACCUGUUGGGAAACUCCUCCCCGAGCCUCGUGGCCGACACACCCUUCAGCACACACACACUCACAGACAGCAGUUUGGAGACGGAGAAGACCCUGCUGACAGAACCAGUCCCUGAACUGGGCCAAUCAGAGUACCAGCUGCUCAAGCUCUUCGUCCUGCUAGUCUUCCUGCUGGUUUUGUCUUCCUGCUAUCUGGCUUUCAGAGUCUGUCGUCUGGAGCAGCAGCUGAGCUUCCUGAGCAGCCAGACCCCCCUGAGAGAGAGGUGUGGAGAGCUGCCCUGCUGGCUGGCCAAUCAGAGGACAGGAACCUGACACUGCAGCCAAUCAGGGAGAGGAAGAAGAGACCUGCACUUACGUAGUCCGUCCAUCAGAGGGCGACGCUGAGCAAAGACUGUACCCGCCGCUGCGACCCGGUUACAAAAGAAACGUCACAUAGAGGUCGCGAGGGUUCAGGGACGAAGAGAUGCUGUAACAUAACAGAUGUAGAAUAUCAAGUGUGUGUGUGUGUGUGUGUGUGUGUGUGUGUGUGUGUGUGUGUGUGUGUGUGUGUGUGUGUGUGUGUGUGUGUGUGUGUGUGUGUGUGUGUGUGUGUGUGUGUGUGUGUGUGUGUGUGUGUGUGUGUGUGUGGUUUUCAUACUGACAUUGUUGGAUGUGAAAACAGCUGUAAUAAUUUAUUAUGAACGAUGUUUAUUAUUAUCUCGGAAAUGGCUGAAUGGUCUAAGAAACUACAUUUCCCAUGAGCCUCAGCGGCUGUUGCUAAGGAUUUAAGUCAAGAGGUGCUAAUUCAAAACACAGCAUCCAAAAGUGAAUUCCUUUAAAAGGCAGACUGUAAACAUAAGUGAGAUGUUUAACUUCUGUUCAGAUUUUUAAGCUUUGUGAUUGGAUGUUUUUAGCUGCAAUGCACCCUGGGAGUCGUAGUUUACUCCUCUCCUUCAGAUUGUAUUUAUUGUACGUUUUUUUUUUACUUUCACUUUUCGUCAGUUCACAGAAACUUUCUAUCAUAGAUGUUCUUUUUUUGUUGUUAAUUGACAUGAACCUCUUAAAGUGAAAGCUACAAAAAGCCAACUUCUACUCCCAAGAUGCAUUUCACCAUCAAACAUCCAAUCACAGCACUUUAAAUCAUUCCAUUAAAAGUGUGCUGAAGAUGUCACUGAUUUUACAAUCUGCAGAAAAUAAGGAGGAAUCUGAUAUUCGUAAUCAAACUCAGUUUAAUUGAAGUUAUCCAGGACACAUGUUGCUUUGUUGUAAAGUUAUUAGUUUACAACGGUUUUUAUUCAAAGACAGAUACUUUUUAAAGCCUACAAAGUGCCAGAAAUAAGAAAGUCAUCUGUAAAAAAAACAGAACAUUAUGAAUGAAAUCAACAAAUGUUUUAAACUCGAGUUGAAUCGCUGCCUUUAUUUCAAAAAUGUUUUUAAUCUCGUGGAGAAACCUUUCCUGCUGAAGUUGAAUAAAUGUUUCCUUAAAUGUGAAAUGUAGGAAGAGGAUCAGGGCCAGGUGUCAUUCUUUUGGGGAGGUUUGACCAAAAAUGUGAUUUUCUUUUUUAGUUUUGAAAUUAAAGUCAGAAUUCUGAGAUUUUUAUGACAACAUUUUUAAGAAUUGUCUUCCUCAGAUUUCUGUUCUAAUCUCAGAAUUCUGGAAAAAAAUGUUAAAAUGUAUUUUUUUUAAA